ACUCUUCCUCCAAUUUGCAUAAAAGUUCAAUCUUUCUAGCAAAAUUUUCUCUCGUCUCUGCCCUCACUGUCAACUGUUCUCCGUGUUCAACUAUCGGGUUUGGCAGACAUAGGAGACAAAUCAAAACAAAAGUAUUAGGAGAGAGAAGAAAAAACUAGGAGAGAGAAAAAGAAGGUUGCCUUUCUGCGAUUUUAAUUUCAAUCAUUCAAAUAUUUUGCGCUGUACCAGUGGAAGAAUUUGCCAUUAUCGUCCAAGAACCUGAAUUUGGAAACUGGGUUUUGGCUUGUUUAGAUCUUCGAGGGCGAGCGAUUCUUUGGUUUGCUGGUGGAUUCUUGAUCAGGGUGUUUGUAAAUAAAGGAAAGUUUUAUCUUUUAUUGAAGAUGAAGCAUGUUGAUUCUCAGAAGGGUUUGUUUGUGAUGUAAUAUGGCACUGUUCUUGGUUGCCAUCCACAUAGAAGAUGUCGUUUUACAUUGGUCGCGAGGCUUCAAAGUUAUGGAAGAGAAUUUGUUCGGAGACCGCUACAGAAAUCAAACUUCUUGCACAAAAUUGGAAGUAUAUUUUGGGGGGUAUCAUCUUUCAGUACCUCCAUGGACUGGCAGCCCGAGGAGUUCAUUAUCUACAUCGACCAGGACCAACUCUUCAGGAUGUUGGCUUCUAUCUUCUUCCGGAACUUGGUCCAGACAGAGCUUACAUUAGUGAAAGUGUGUUUACCGUAGUUUUUCUAUCUUUUUUCUUGUGGACUUUCCAUCCUUUCAUUUUGAAGAGCAAGAAGAUCUACACUGUCCUGAUAUGGUGCAGGGUGUUGGCAUUCUUAGUUGCUUGUCAAAUUCUUCGGAUCAUAACUUUCUAUGCUACCCAGCUACCUGGUCCAAACUAUCAUUGUCGAGAGGGCUCAAAGCUCGCUAGGCUGCCUCACCCUGAUAGUAUCUUAGAAGUUCUAUUAAUUAAUUUUCCACGGGGAGUGCUUUAUGGCUGCGGUGAUUUGAUAUUCUCAUCUCACAUGAUAUUCUCUUUGGUCUUUGUGCGGACAUACCAUAAAUAUGGCACUCGGAGGUUUGUGAAGAACUGUGCUUGGUCCAUAGUUGUGAUUCAGAGCUUGUUGAUUGUUGCAUCUCGUAAGCACUACACUGUCGAUGUCGUUGUGGCAUGGUACACUGUUAAUUUGGUUGUGUUCUUUAUAGACAAGAAGUUGCCAGAACUGCCUGAUCGUUCCAAUGGAGCUGCAGCGCUGUUGCUGCCGUUGAGCAAGGAUGGCAAGAGAGAAGAGAAUCACAAACUCCUGAAUGGAAAUUCUGGGGAUUCUGCGGACUGGAGGCCAAGAACCCAAAUCAAUGGCAAAAUCAUGGAAGACGGAAACAUUGUGCAUGUUGAAGCAGUUAUUAAUGGUGUAUGAUUAACGAAGGAUGCAUCCAUGCAACUACUCAAACUGCAUAGGUCUUGGUCAUUGUACUUGGGUCUCUGGAAAACCCAUCUCCUAGACAGUUCUAGGAGACUGGUAAACAUCAUAUGUAAUCCUAGCAUCAUGAAUUCCUGGUUAUGCUUUUCAUAGUUUUGUAGUACUUGCAAUCUCGUCAACAACACCAUAAUGCAUCACGGAAUUCCCAAUUUCUA